UUAUUUCAUUUGCCACCACAAAGUCCUAUCUAUAAAGGAGUGAGGUCCAACUGACUCUUCCCCGAACUCCCAUUCUGUUUUUCUCACUCUUCCUGCAAACCCAGGCAGUUCUCCAGAACAAACCCCUUUGCCCAGAAAGCUUUCCCCAUCUCUCAGCAACUACGUAAAGAACAACAACUAAGGCACAACAAAAUGCCCAGCCACCGCACCCAUCUCAAAAGAGAGCGGGACCCGGACAGCCCUCCCCCCGACAACGACGACUACCAUCACCGUCAUCACGAGCGGUCCAGAUCCCCUCGCAGAUCCCCCCCGCGAGAUUACCAUGUCCCGCCACACUCGGACAAUUAUUCCCGCGUGCUCGACGGGCCCAAGGGCAAGGUCAAGCGCGAAGAAGGAGAAGAAAAGGACGUCUUGGUCCGCAAGCGCGUCAAGGAAGGCGAGCACUCUCCCCAGCGUGAUGUUCCGGCCUGGUUGAUGUGGGCCGCCGGCGCCGCGUUAGUCAGGGAAGACCGCAAGAAGCACAAGUACAGCGUGGAGAAGCGCGGCACUAGCAAGGACAAGGGCAAGGGCAAGAACCGAGACGAUGAUGAUGGAUAUCAUGCCGUGGAGCUCCAGACCGGGAACAGAGCGUAUAUCGAGCGAUUGGACGCCAAGAUGGAGGAGAUAUCGAAGCUACCGUAUGACGUCCAGGAAGCGAUGGAGCGCGAGGAGGAAAGAAGGCAUCGUGAUGUGCUCAAUUCGAGCUUUAGGGAACGGUACCCUGGGCGUCUUCCAAAACCGGACUACCUCAACGAUGAGUACGAGAGCGUCUAUGAACGCUACAUGCGCUCCAUGCGUGGGAAUCCUUAGGCGGGAUCC